AUGCCCUCCCUCUCCCAGUUCUUACGCAAGAUGACCUGCACCCACGCCGACCCCCACGUCGCGGACGCUACCACCACCAACAGCGAGAAGACGGCGCAGCCGGCCAUGUUCAUUGACGCCGAGUACUUCCCCACCAUCAUGGGCAACAUCCUCGACGCGUGCGACCGCCCGACGCUCAUCCACCUCCGCAGCGUCAACAAGAAGAUGAAAAGCGUGAGCGACAGCCACCUCUUCCACCACGUCAUGGUCAACGACGUGACGGUCGAGCACAAGGGCAAGCUGUCCAAGGAGAUGCGCGUCUUUGAGAUUGUCGAUGGCGAGGAGCGCCGCCUCCCCGUUCUCGCCAACUGUCGCGUCAAGGUCGGCCGGGACGGCAUCGUCGGCGUCGGCGACACGUUCCACAAGCAGGAGGUCAUUGCCAAGACGCUUGCCCACGUCCGCAUCCUCGACGUCAACACGGCGACGCACUACGUCGAGAAGCUCGCGCCCUUCUUCCCCAACCUCGACAUUGUCCGCAUCCACCACGCCAACACGUGUCACAACCAGAACGCGUACCCCACCACGCACUUUUACGCGCCCACGGUCGUCGUCUACGGCUCGCUCCUCGCCCCCAUCCCGUUCCAGCACAUCCGCGAUCGUGACGACAGCCGCCCCACCAAGCCCGGCAAGGUCGUCGUCAUGCCCAUCCCGGAGCGCUACGCGUGCGAGGGGCACGACAUUGACAGCUUUACUCUCUUCCAGUGGAGCGACAAGGCCGACUUUGUCAUUGUGCUCUCAGCGCUCGGCUCCCUCAGCACCGGUAUCAUUUUCCGACCCAUUGGAUGCGGUAGUACCUUCAAGUGCUUCCUCGACACUCUCCGCCUCUCGCUCCGUAGCGCCAUCAACUCUGACAUCCCUCCAACCUCAAUCACGGUCGUGGGACUCGAGGAUGUUCUCACCAUGCGUUACUUCAUUUGCAUGGACGCCAAGAACCUGACUGCUAAGAAGUUGUCGCUCAGUCAGCUGCUCAUGCCAGCUCUGUACUGGCCCCAGUUCUCCGACGACGCCGAGGACAACGCGGGUCACCACGCCAUUUUCGCCGAGCUCGGAGGCUUCAUUGCCGACGGCAAGGUCAAGGCACUCUCGCUGUCACAGUACGAGGACACGCUCACCGAGGACGAGUUCCUACUUGGUUCACACCCCAACCUCAAGCUCCUGAUGGAUGUUUGCGCGUGCCGCGAGCCGGGCGCGUAG